CGUCAGGCGCCCAUUAAGAUCCUCGUCAAUGCGCCUAUCGCAGAUAAGCAAACCGGCAGCACGGCAGAAGUCAGUAAGGCCGCGGCCAAACCGCCAAAGUCAUUGAUAUGGUUGUCCUCACAAUCAAUGCCUCUCACGUAGCCCCUGGCAUUGCAUUGCAGCACGGUAGGCCGGGGAAUCCGUCGCAGAGCCGUCUUCAGGGCCACCCUGUGCGUUCAUGGCUAGCUACGGCAACGCCUUCUGACACUGCGCUGGCCCUGGCGGCUGCGGCGGUGGCGCAGGACCCGGCGGCGGCGCAGGGCCUGGCCACUGCGGUGGCGGCGCAGGACCUGGCGGCGGCGCAAGGCCUGGGCCCAGCAGUGGGGGGGGGCGUAAAGAGGUGGACAUAGCCGAGGUUGCAGGCAAGGCGCCAAGGCCACGUGGAGGAGAGCGCGGCGCCACCCGACAAGCGGCGCCGCCGGCGCGCAGUUGAGACCUGCCGGUGUCUUGUUUGCGGCCUUUGCUGGCGAGCAUAGCGUGGCACGGUGUGGGUGGGAUUUAUUGCUGCUGUUGGGUUUGUUGCCUGCUUGUGCUUGUGCCUGACAGCGGGACGCGGCUGGACACAUGGCGGGCGCCGGGCAGUGCCUGUACGAACCUAAGAACGGUGGGCAACUGGUGUAGCAGGACGACUACCCAAUGCCCUGCGAUGUCAUACCUUGGUGCGCGGAAGCAAGGGGGAGGACGGAGCGAGGAGCGCCGACUCGGAAGCGGGCUUGCAGUAGAAGACGCUAAACAUGAACUAGGGAGAGAAAGACUGGCUCAGCCCCGUCUCGAACAGGGAUCAAUACUGAAGUAUCAAUAUUGACUGGCCGGAACACUGAGCACAAAGGUUUUGUAGUUGAGAUGGCCUGUACGGUUUUCCCCUCUUAGUUGGGGCGUCCCGCCCACAACUGGUGGUUUCGGGGCGCAGGGAACCUGGAGGCAGUCGCAAGUGCGAGUGGGACGCCCGUGAGUGGGCGCUAUGUCCGUGCGGGGGACGUUGGAACGUAGAGGUGACAGUGACGCCGCAGGAGCGCAGCGCGCUGAUCAGGGCAGCGCAGCAGGUUCGCAGCGCAGGUGUUGUGGUGGCGCCUUACCUCACGUCCGUAGGGUAUGCGCUGCGCAAGGAGCAACUCGGAGCUUUCGAAGGGUUCCAAGCAGAAGGGCUGAAGCCUCGAUGGAAGGGAGGGAGGGCAUUUCGUGCCAAGGCACCUAAACACCUAGGCUGACGGGCCAGCAGUUGACGCAGCUGGAGUUGAGUAUAGUCGAGCAUGUCUAACUUCGUUGCACAAAGUGAGUUUCUGGCGUUACAACGGCCCAGAACGGCCCGGGCCUCGGUUUCUGCAAGGUCAGGCAAGCGCGUCGUAUGCACCACCUUGUAACCACACACAACAAAAUUGCUGGGUGACGGCGGGUGACCUGACUGAUGGUGGUGCCCCGCUCCAAAGCGCUUCCGAGAUCGAGUACCCUACCACGGAGUACCCACUUAAGUGUCGCCCCCCUUCUUUGACACUGGUUCUGGUCGUCGCUUUCCUUCGACCCCUACGGCCCUAUGCAAGCAUUCCUCCGGCAUUUGUCCCUGACCCCUGACUUGAUAUGCAUGUCUUCGAUUCCUAGGUGUUGGUGAAACUAAGGAAACCCCUGGGCGAAAACAAAGCCAGACGCGCGAAUCAGCCCUCAUCAGCAACCCAAAAUUGUUGUUGUUGGCACCUGUCCGAGCCAGGCAGGCAUGCAGGUGGGGUGCAGGUUUGGGGCAGGCAGGGGCAGCAGGGGCAGGCAGGGGCAGGCAGGGGCAGGCAGGGGCAGGCAGGGGCAGGCAGGGGCAGGUUUGGGGCAGGGGCAGGCAGGCACGGCAGAGAGUUCGUCGGUGGACGGUGGGUCGCCGCAGCCGCAAACGGCAAAGGGCCGCAACGACCGCAGUGCGGUGGUCACCCAAAGGGAAUACGCGGUAACUCCGGCUUUUUCAGGCCAAGCUUGUGAUCUGUUGGCGUCGAGAGGGCGAUCAUUAUGCGGGGCCGGUGGUUUACGUAGCAAAAAUUCAAUGUGUCCAUGGUCGCGAGGUCGCUUCCUGCUCCGAUUUCUCCUGGAACACAACCCAAGCGCGUUGAAUAGUCAUACAUCAAGGUUACUUGCUGUCGGCACAUAAGCGCAUUGGCACGCGACGUCGCCAGAUGCCAGUCAAUGAUUGGUGCGAGUCAACGUGUCGAGUUAGCGAAAAAGUCAA